GCCGCUCGGUCCUAAUCGCAGGAAGGGCGGGGAGGGGAAUGGGAACUCUUUUGUUUAUGUUGCCCUUAGCAGCCCUUGGAGUGAUUGGGGCGCAUGGCGGCGGCGGCAGCAGAAAGGAACGAUCUCUUCGCGUAUCUGACACGGCUCUCUUGAAGACAGAAACCGGGUCUGUGAGAGGUUUUGCCUGAAGCCUUAGCUGCGGGUUCAAGUCAAGAGCUUGGCUAAAGGCAAGCAUGACGGAGCUGCACGAAGCGGUGGCUUUGGGUAACUACGACUUAGUGGAAGAAAUCCUCCAGAGGGAGCUCGCGGACCCAAAUUGCAAAGAUGCGGACUGGAGCGACCGGACGCCCCUCCACUGGGCGGCAGCAAACGGCCACACAAAGAUAGUAAAGCUGCUUGUGGAACACGGUGCUCGCCUGGUUUUGCGAACGGAGGCAGGUUGGACUCCAGUUCAUUUUGCUGCAGAAUCAGGGCAACUGGGCGUGUUGAGAACACUGCACUCCUUGAACGCACCGAUGGACGCCCCGGAUCUCUAUGGAGAUGUCCCAAGAAGAAUUGCAGAAAUCUAUGGGCACAAAGCCUGCGUCAAAUUCUUAGAAAUAGCUGAAAUGGAAUACAGGGCAUAUUGCCAGACGGCAAAAUCAAAGGGAAUCCAACUGGAUGAGAAGGAUGAAGCUUGGGAGCUUAAGAAGGAAGAACUUUUGAAAAGUAAACCCUUCUCUCCAAAGAAACAUACGAAGCACAAAACGCACGGAAAGGGUGGAGUGAAAGUUCCUUCUAGAAAACAGUGAGAAGAAUGGUAUAUUACAGAUAAGGUAGAACAGAGGGUCACAGCUACCUUAACUUUGUAGUCAUUGCAACUCAUCUAUUUCAUUUACUAUUUU